UCGGUGUAGUGGCACUGCUUUCAGAUACAGAGCUACUCCCGACAAUUUCGCGCCGAAGAGGCGCGACUGUACUGUGAGACACGGUGGCGGCUGGUUCGAGGAUAUACGUGCGGUUCGAUAAAAUACAAUUCCGCUAAAAUUUCGCUCUAAAUCCCACGGUCUCGUUGAUCCGCGACUUUGCCGCGUUCCACGGAAAUUUGCUCCCGAACAGCUUUAUCAUCGUUCCAUUCGGCACUGUGUCCUCGCGUUACAGUGACAGAAGAUCACAGUGCAUCUGAACCAUGGCGGCCCUAAAGAGAAUAACCACCCUCUCGAAAACACUGAACACAUUGACUGCCAGCACUCGUGCUUGCAGCUUCCAAGCCACGAAGAAAAGUUAUUUCACCUACGUGAACGAGCCUUCCAUGCCAAUACCGGACAAGCAACCUUGCUGGGUCAAGACUGCCGACGAGGCUAUCGAACAAGCAGAACUAGAUUCAGAUCAAGUGGUAUUUGUUCAGGGAGCAGCGGCGACACCCGUCGAACUCCUAAGGGCUAUGACUGAUUAUGGUGUACGGUGCGAUGUGAGGAAUGUUAGAUUAUAUCAUAUGCACCUCGAAGGCCCUGCACCGUUCGCCAAGCCAGAAAAUGCAAAACAUUUCAGGUCGGUGAGCCUGUUCAUCGGAGGCAACGUGCGAGCGGCCGUCCAAGCGGGAACCGCCGAUUGCGUGCCGAUCUUUCUCCACGAGAUUCCACGGUUGUUCAAGGAAGGUCACAUCAAGCCGGACAUCGCGCUGGUCCACGUCAGCCCCCCGGACGACAAAGGAUUCUGCUCGUUCGGCACCAGCGUGGACUGCGUCAGGUCCGCCGUGAGCCAUAGCAAAUACAUCGUAGCGCUGGUGAACAAGCACAUGCCCAGGACGUUCGGCGACGCCAUCAUUCACGUGAGUCACCUGGACUUCGCCGUGGAGCACCACAAGCCGCUUCCGGUCCACCCGGUGAAGCCGCCGUCUAAGGAAGAGCAACAGAUCGGUAAAAACAUCGCCGAGAACCUAGUGGUGGACGGGGCUACUUUGCAAAUGGGCAUCGGCAGCAUACCGGACGCGGUGCUGUCGGAACUCAAGAACCACAAGGACCUCGGGAUUCACAGCGAGAUGUUCAGCGACGGCGUGGUCGACCUCGUGAACAGGGGCUGCAUCACGAACAACAGGAAGACGAUGCACAGAGGCCGAAUCGUCGGCUCCUUCUGCGUCGGCUCUGAAAAAUUGUAUGACUUUAUGCACAAUAAUCCUUUCAUUGAAAUGUUGGUGGUGGACUAUGUAAACGACCCCAAGGUGAUAGCUAAACAGCCGAACAUGACAGCCAUCAACUCGUGCAUCGAGGUUGACAUCACUGGGCAAAUCUGCUCUGACAGUAUCGGGACAAGGAUGUACUCCGGCUUUGGAGGGCAGCUGGAUUUCAUCACUGGAGCAGCGAUCAGCGACGACCGUUGCGGCAAGCCUAUCAUAGCUUUGCAAUCCGUCACCGGCAAGGGCGAGAGCAAGAUUUCACCGGUUUUAAAAUUAGGUGCCGGCGUCGUCACGAACAGAGCAGUCGCUCGGUACGUCGUCACGGAACACGGGAUUGCCAGUUUGUUCGGCAAAAGUCUUCAGCAGCGUGCGUACGAACUGAUCCAGGUCGCCCAUCCCGAUCACAGAGAGGCUCUCGAGAAGGCAGCGUUCGAACGCUUAAAAGUCAUGCCAGCGCCAUAAACGUUUCCACGGAAGCGACACCGAAAGACUUUUCUAAUAGCAUUUCGCGAUAUUUGCCGUUACCCGCACGCAUAAAUACUUAUCCGUGUCGGAACAAACAUUAUACAUUCUUAACUUCGUGUAAUUUACGCCUCCCUGCCCAGUGUAAGAGUAAUUUACAGAAUACCGGGGAAUAAUCUAUAACGUACAUAAGUAGAUACAUUUUGAAUAAACACGAGAAGGCCUCUUGUUCUCGGAUAGGCGAGGAAGCAUUAAGGUCCUUGAAGGAACACGGAAAAGCUUUUAUUUUAAACGAGUAUUUCACGUUGGCUGGGCAGAGAACGUUGUAUAAUGACGACAGAUAAUUUUUAUAUGAAAUUUUAAAGAGGUUCCUUUAUGUAAUGCAAUCACUGUAACGACUAAAGACCGCGUCG